AUAAAUAACGGCAAAGGAAAAACUGUUAUGCAAAACCCUAAAAACCAGAGUUUUGAGACAUCUUCAAUUCCAGGUAUCAGAGAGAGAAACGGAUCAGCAGCCGCCAGCUACCGUAACCGGACUUCCAUUGAACUGCACCGACCGACGGAAUUCACAACCAAAUUUCCUUAACUGAACAGAAAAAUGGACGGAGCCCAAGCGGGGCUGUCACUGAUAAAGCAGUUGGCUUCCUGCGACAACAAAAGCCGAAAUAGAUCCCUCGGCGUCCUCCUGAAGACCUGGCUCCCAUCACAAUCUCAAAUCUCCGACGAUGACAUGAAGAAGCUUUGGAAAGGCCUCUUUUACUGCGUCUGGCAUGCCGAUAAGCUGCCCGCCCAGAGUCACCUUAUUGAUCGCCUCUCUUCUAUUCUUCCUCAGCUCCAUCUCCCUGUUUCUGUUCAGUACUUUUCUGUGUUUUUGCUCACUAUGCGCCGCGAAUGGACUGGUAUAGAUGGUCUCAGGUUAGACAAGUUUUAUCUAUUGAUUCGUAAAUUCAUGCACUUCUUUUUCCUUCUCUUGAAGAAAAAUUCUUGGGAUUUGGAGCUUUCCGCUCGUUUGAUGAGUGUAUUGGUAGAGAACACCUUUUUGGCUGAUGAUAAAUUAUUGGGCAAUGGUGUCAAUUAUCAUAUUGCUUCUGUGUUUCUUGAGGAGCUUAGACCUUUGCUUCCGCUGAGUAAGGAAGUGGUUGAUGUUCUACUGGGGCCUUUUGUUUCCAUUAUGGGAAAGAUGUCCGAUAAGAUCCUGUUGGGUAAGAUUAAGAGUAAUGUGUUUGAUUGGUUGUUGAAAAUGGGAAAUAAGCUUUUGGAGAUCAAGAAAUCAAUGGUUGACGUUGAUUCUGGGGAUGAUGCCUUUGUGUUAGGUUCAAUAGCUUUAGCUUUCGGAUUUUCUGCCAAAUUUUAUGAGUUGGGUUCUGCAGUUGAGUGCCCUCAGGGGAAUAGGAAAGUUUUAUUCGGUUUGCAUGAGCAGUUUUUGAAGUUAGAAAAGGAUUUUGCAUCCUUGGGGAUUGAUAUUUCCUUACCUGAGAUCAAGGAAGACACUGAUGAAGAUGAAGUGCCAAAUUUAGUUCCUCUUUCCACUGGAAUGGAAGGGGCUGGUUCUGAUACUGAUAUGGCAAAUAUGUCUGGUAGCAAGCGUUUGAAAAAAUGCAAAAAGGGGAAGAAGGCAUCGAGCAGCAGUAGAAAAAAGACCAAGAAGCAGAAGGAUUUAAUUUCUGAUUGUGACACCGAGGAGGAUGAUAAUACGGUUGUGCCAAAUUGUGGCAAGUCAAAUGAAGAAAGCAAUCAUGAUUCAAAUUUGAUAACAUUUAAUGAAUCUGUGAUAUCAAACCUCCAAAUGCAGUUUGAGAAAGUUGCUACAGAAGUGAACUUGGAUAAGAACGUUGGAAGUGCUUGUGAUUUUCUUGAAGUCUCUGGAAAUGGUAUCGUCUCCAAGAAAAGGAAGAGAGCAAAAGGUAUGGAUAAGCAGCAAUCUGAUGAUCCAGAACUGAGAGGAGAGGUAAAUGAUAACAGUGGUGCAACUGUAAAGAGUACUGAGAAGAGUGCCAAGAAAGUAAGGUUUUCCAUGAAAAACAACUUAGUGUGGAAGCCUCACAGUCCUUUGCCUCCACAAAGUUUGAGAAUACCUCCAUCUGUGACCCCUCGAGGAAGUGCUCUUAAGAAAGGGAUACCUCCAGGUCCCAUUAGGGAGAUGCCUGCAACUAAAAAGGCUAAACAGAAGGCCAAAGCUGUGAAGAAGAGUCGGAAGGUAAUAAUUGGUGUUGCGCCUGCUAUUAAACGCCUGAAGAAGUUGAAGACUGUUUCCAUCUAGAUAGUUUCAUGGUCAUCAAAUCACUUACUUUUGUUCAUCUCAUGCUCUCUUCUGUUGGUAACCUGUCUCAACUUUGAAAAUUAAUUAUGCUAUUUGAUUUCUUCUGUUGAGUGAAAGACAGAUGAUGCAAAUGAUUGAUUGAGGAAUCUCCUAACUGUUUGAUCCAUUUUCAAUUUAUUUAUUUUUCUUGA